AUGGAAACUCUACAAACUUUAACAAAAGAUACUGUGAAUGGGGAAUCUUAUGGGGAGCGUAUAAUUCUAAAUGUUGGUGGGAUUAAGUAUGAAACUUAUGUUUCAACUUUAUUGGCUUAUCCGACUACACUACUCGGAACUAUGUUUCAAGAGAGGAACAAAGCAUUACUAAAACCGAUCAAUGGAAAUGAAUAUUUUAUUGAUCGUGAUGGUCUAGAUCCGAUUAUAACUCGACAAGAUUUAGAAGAUGAAUGUGAUUAUUUUCAAGUUCCACGUAAUUCAAUUAUAAAUGCUCCAAUAGUAUCAUUACAUAGUAUAUCACCAAUUCGUAGAUUAGUUGCCGAUAAACUUGACAGUUUUGUCAAAACUCUUGAAACAAUAGUUAUUAAUACUGCUAGUACAAUGUUGAAACACCAUUUUAGAGGUUUUAAAUCUACUGUAACCAUUACAUUUGCUCAAGAAAGUUAUAUAGGUGGCAUGACCUCUGUAGUCAUCAGACCAAAAAAUGAUACUCUAACUAGAUCAACAUGGAAAUUAAUGCAACAUCAUGGUGCAAUGGGUUAUUUUCUGUUGGACCAAUUUGGUGAAAAAAUCGGAAAUUAUUUGACUCAUUCAAUGCCUGAAGUUAGUUGGGAAUUAAAUCAUAAGAUUUAUGCUAUCGCUAUUGCCCAUACCUUGCUUGUGCUGUUGUUUGUCCUAUGCAAUGCGUACUUUGAUCAUGCUGUUGAGGUUGAUAGAGAUUAUUCUAAUAUCCUACGUUAUCCUUGGCAAGUGUUCCGACUUAAGUUGCUUCUGGAUUUUAAAAUAUUGAUAUCGAAUGUUUUACCGGGCUGA